AUGGUAGGCUAUGCCUUCUCCGAGCCGAUUGUUAUGGUAGCUUUGUCUCCACAAUCGAAAAAUCAUUUCUUAAGCCGGGAUGCUAGGUUGUACCUACUCCGAGCAAAUGAUCAUAUGGUAGACUAUGUCACCUUAGAUCAUAUAAGAGUUGAUGGUAAACCUCCUCUUGGAGUAGAGGCUUUGCCUCUUCCUGAAUAUUUACUUUUCUAUAUCAUGUCAAAUUUGGCUAAGCUCGAAAUUUCCGCCCUUGAUAUUUCUGGAAACAAUUAUAUGACAUGGGCAAUAGGUGCAAAAAUGCAUCUAAAAGGAAAUGGGCUUCUUGAUGCCAUUGACAAGUCGAAAGAGACGCCAGAUGAGAAAAAGGCGAAAGCCAUGAUCUUUCUACUUCAUCACAUCCACGAUGGUUUAAAAGAUGAAUACAUCACUAAAGAAGAUCCUGCGGAUCUUUGGCAAUCUUUGAAAGAAAGAUUUGACCAUCAAAAAUAUAUAGAUUUGCCCAAAGCCAAAUACCAGUGGCUAUAUCUCCGGUUUCAGGACUAUAAAAGUGUUGUUGAAUAUAAUUCUGCCUUGUUCAGAAUAAUUUCCAAGAUGGUGCUAUGUGGAGAAAAUGUGAGCGAUUAUGAUAUGAUUGAAAAAACGCUCUCCACAUUUCACCCUGGAAAUAUAGUCCUGCAACAACAAUAUCGGGCAAAUGGCUAUACUCGUUAUUCAAAAUUGAUGGAUGUUCUCCUUGUUGCAGAACAGAAUAACGAGCUUGUGAUGAUGAACCAUCAGACUCGUCCCACUGGAGCUGCUCCAUUCCCAGAAGCGAAUGUAGCAUCGUCCAGCCAAAAUAAUGGACGAGGACGUGGACGUGGAUAUGGUCGAAACCGAGGUCGUGGCCGUGGCCGUGGACGUGGUCGGGGACAAGGAAAAGAGUACCGUCCCGACGAGUCCAACAAUGAAAGGAAUAUAAAAGAUCUCGAGCAAAUGAUUACGGCCGAGAUUCUAAAAAGCAAAAAGAAAGUGUUUGCUACAGAUGCGGCAUGA